CUUUGUUGGACCAUCCCUAACUGAACUCGGCUAUUACUCUAGAAGCCUUUGAGACUAUCAUGGCGGACGGCGACAUCCAACCCCUUGUGAUUGACACUGGAUCUGGCUUCUUCAAAUCUGGGUUUGCUGGUGAUGAUGCUCCACGCUCAGUGAUCUCUUCCGUGGUUGGCAAUCCUGCUGUCAAUCGACCGUAUCAGCGCGGCAUCGUAACCAACUGGGACGACAUGGAGACAAUCUGUCGCAACAUCUUUUACAAUGAGCUCCACGUCGCUACGGAAGAGCAUCCUGUUGUAAUGUCAGAAGCCAUAGGCAACCCACGGCAGAAUCGGGAAAGGAUGACCCAAAUGUUGUUUGAAACGUUCAAUAACCCAGCGAUAUACCUUGCAAGCCAACCGGUCUUGUCUCUAUACGCAUCUGGUCUUCAGACUGGUGUUGUGAUUGAAUCCGGCGAUGGUGUGACCCAGAUCGUACCAAUUCACGAGAACGUCACUUCCCCCAAUACCUUCUCCAAGAUUGAUGAUCUAGCUGGCAUCGACAUAACCGACUACCUUGCGAACACUCUGAACUGCGAAGACCAGAUAGCCAAGGAAAUCAAAGAGAAUUGCUGCCAUGUUGCAUUGGACUUUGACUCUGAGCUUGAUGCUAGCGAGAAUCAGAGCUUUCACUUGCCUGAUGGACAGCAGAUCACCUUAGGGACCCAGCGUUUUUGUGCGCCAGAAGCGCUAUUCCAGCCUGACAAGAUCCUUUCCAUUGACCGACCGGGCAUCCAUCAAGUUGUACAUGAUGCAAUUCAGAAAUUUGAUUCCCAUGUGCAAGCGCAGCUGUACCGCAACAUUGUUCCGGCUGGCGGUUCAACCCUUUUCCCUGGCUUCAUCGACCGCCUUGGAAAGGAAAUAUUUGAUCUUGCUCCCUCAGCAAACCCGAACAUUAUCACUCCAAAGGAUCAACAAUACUCGGCCUGGGUUGGAGGGAGUAUUCUUGCAUCGUUGUCUACAUUUCAAAACCUUUGGGUUUCGAAGCAGGAAUAUGACGACGAGGGGCCUUCUGUUGUGCAUAAGAAGUGUUACUAG